UAAUGAAAAAAAUUAAUGUAAAAGUUGUCAUUUGUGUAAGAUUUCUAAUAAAUUAUGCUUCAACAGAACAAGGCAUACAUAUUUUUCCAAGUUAAGAUUAAAUUGUCGAAAUUUGGUGUUUGAAGAGCAACUGUUCUGCCAGGGGGCUGACCUGACAAUUAUUCACUGACAUUUGAAUAACAUGUCACUGAUCUGCCCAGCCUUCUCCACUCCACUCCUCUCCUCUCCCUCAGCUCUACCUUCCACUCACUCCCACUUUCUCAGUAACAUCAACGUGCUCUCCCACCUGUCUCUCCUUCCUCUUAGGCACAAUUACCACAUCUCUCUAUCCAGAUCCAAACAUGCCGUGCGGCUUGGUGAAGUCCUUUCUGGUGAGCCUGUCUCGGAGGAAGCCUCUGGAGCCCGACGGGGAAGAGUCCACAUUUAACCGAUGCCUGACCACUCUGGAUUUAGUGGCCCUGGGUGUGGGCAGCACCCUGGGGGCCGGGGUCUAUGUCCUGUCUGGUGAGGUGGCCAGAGACACAGCUGGACCCAGCAUCAUCAUUUCGUUUUUCAUCGCCGCUCUGGCCUCUAUAUUCGCGGGUCUGUGUUAUGCAGAGUUUGGAUCCCGGGUUCCCAAAACAGGCUCUGCAUACCUGUACAGCUAUGUGACUGUUGGGGAACUGCUGGCUUUCAUCACUGGAUGGAAUCUGUUACUUUCUUAUGUCAUAGGGACGUCCAGCGUUGCGCUGGCAUGGAGCGGGACAUUUGAUGACCUCAUAGGGGGCGUUAUAUCAAAAUACUUAGAAAAAAAUGCAGCCAUGGGCCUUCCUGGUCUGGCACCUUACCCUGAUGUCUUUGCUGCAGCUCUUAUCAUAUUACUGUCAGGUUUGCUGGCCUUUGGAGUGAAAGAGUCAACAACAAUAAACAAGAUCUUCACAGCAAUCAACAUCCUGGUGCUGUUGUUUGUGACGAUCUCUGGAUUCAUCAAUGGAGACAUCGCCAACUGGCAAAUCAGCGAAGAGACUCUGAUAAACGCCACAGCAGAAUUCAAAAACCUGAGUUCCACUGCCAAUGUAACAAGUAUAUAUGGACAAGGAGGGUUUUUCCCUUAUGGCAUCUCUGGGACCUUGGCUGGAGCUGCAACAUGUUUCUAUGCUUUCGUUGGAUUUGACUGCAUUGCAACAACAGGUGAGGAGGUGAAGAACCCUCAAAAGUCUGUCCCUAUAGGCAUUGUGGCCUCACUACUCAUCUGUUUCUUGGCCUACUUUGCUGUGUCGGCUGCUCUCACUCUGAUGAUGCCGUAUUACUUGCUUAACGAGAAAAGCCCGCUGCCAGUGGCCUUUGAGUACGUUAACUGGGGUCCGGCCAAAUAUGUUGUGGCCGUGGGAUCACUGUGUGCUCUGUCCACCAGCCUGCUGGGUUCCAUGUUCCCAAUGCCCAGGGUGCUGUUUGCCAUGGCCAGAGAUGGUUUGCUUUUCCAGUUCCUGAGCAAAGUCACUAACAAAGGCAGUCCUGCUUUAGCUACAAUAUCAUCUGGAAUUGUGGCAGCCAUCAUGGCUAUGCUCUUUGACUUGGAGGCCUUGGUGGAAAUGAUGUCCAUUGGCACUCUGUUUGCUUACACACUCGUGGCCAUAUGCAUUCUGAUCCUGAGGUACCAGGCUGUUCCAUCAGAAGACACAGAGCUGCAGAACAUAGAAUCAAAUAAGAAAUUUGGUUUCUUGAGGCCUCCAUCGUCGCCCAAUGCUGCAACUGCAAGAACUGUCACGAUCUUGACAGUAAUUGCUGUUCUGUGUGUGGUUUCACUGUGCGCCCUCCUGGCUCAAGCCAUGGACUCUCUGGUCCGUUUGGAAGCGUGGAGUCUGGUGCUUGUUUGCAUCCUCGUCCUCAUGCUACUAGUCAUCACUUUCAUCAUCUGGAGGCACCCGCAGAAUCCUACCAAGGCAUCGUUUAUGGUGCCUUUACUCCCUGCUCUGCCUUUACUGAGUACACUCAUCAAUGUCUACUUGAUGGUGCAGUUAGGUGGAGACACUUGGUUAAGAUACGGUAUUUGGAUGUUAGUGGGACUAUUAAUUUAUUUCUGCUACGGGAUUCGUUGCAGUGUUCAGAGGAAGCGUCACCACGGCAACCAGAUGGGGAUUCAAACCAUCAGUGACAAAAUAGACUCCAAGCAGUCGAUCAAAACAUACAUCAUUACAGAGGAGAAAUUCUGAGCUUGUUUGGAGCUGAGAGAGUCUCAGUGUGGGUCACUGUGUAUCUACACUCGAAGUGCAGACGGACAAACUUGAUGGAGUUUGUAAAUUAUACUAAUAUUGUUGUCCCCAUCAUGUUUGGACUCAAUAACAUUAAAGGAGGAAAGAACAGGAACAUUUCGUAAAGUUGUGUGUAGGAAUCAUUAAAGAUUUGUGAGCACACAUUGAAAAAAGUAUUGCUUCCUGUAUAUUUCUAAUACCAUUAUUAAUCACAUGUUCUUGUAUGUGUGUCCAGUAUCAGUGUCAGAGCCAUGACCUGGUGCCUCAGAAAUCCUGCACCCAUGUUAAAGCUCAAAUUGUUUUUUAACCUCUGAAUAGCACGUUUACACUUUUUUAAUAUAUCGAUUGUAUGUUGUGAGGAGGCAUUUCAAUUUCACACAAAUUUCUAUCAUGACUGUAAAUAAAAAAAAGUGCUUUUACACAUAAAUUGAAUGUCAAUAUGGAAACCUGUCUGUUAAAUGUGAUAUUUGUUUCUUUCCAUUUGUAUUUACUAUGUACUGUUUCAAAGUGUAAAUAUGAACAUGUAUCAUUUUCUAAUUUGAUGUAAAUGUUUUCUUCAAUUAAAAAAUAUUAAUAUUUUCCUCAAA